AUGGCAGCUGCCCCACCUCCUGUGGAGAGACUAUUAGGUGAUUAUGGGGGAGCAAAUGCCCCGCUUGGAAGGAUGACAAUCGUAAAUCAACUAGUCAAUGUUGCCCACUUUCCACUUCACCCCUCAACGAUACGGCAACUCGAAAGGAGACCUUUCUCAGGGAAAAUUAACGAAGAUGCCAACAAGCAUUUGCAAAGGUUUCUGACUAUGACUACGUCGUUAAAGAUUGAGGGGCAUUCUGAGGAAGCUAAGAAGCUGGUCAUGUUUCCGUUUACAUUGUCAGAAGACGCUGAAGAGUGGUUCUACUCUUUACCUACUGGAAGCAUCACAACUUGGCAACAGAUGGAGACAACUUUUCUCAACGAGUACUUUCCGGCCUCUAAAUACAUCCGAAAGAGGUACGACAUAGUGAAUUUUAAACAGAAGGAAGGAGAGUCACUUGGAGAUGCGUAUAAGAGGUUCAAACGAUUGCUGAAUUUUGUACAUGGUCUUCGGAUGAAGACUAAGCAACUCAUUGACACAGCAACUGGUGGCUCAACGAACUUUACAACAGCCACUGGUAUUAAAAAGAUUAUAAAAGCCAUUGCAGCCAAUGAGCACCUGGAGUUGUAUGAUCGUAGUGUUAGUCAACCCGAAGGGAUAAUUGACCUGAAAUUGGCAAGUCAAGUGGUGAAGAUGGAAGAUCAAAUAGCAGCUGAAGUAGAAAGGAGACUGAAGAAGAUUGCGAUUGAUACUCAAAUUGUGGCACAGGGCGUUUUACCAAGUUCUACGGUUACUAAUCCAAGAGAAAAUAAUCAUGUGAAUGCGGUGACCGCAAGGAAUGGUAAGUCGAAAGAAGUACCUAAGAAGAGUUCUGAAGAAGAAGACUUAUUGCUUGAAGUUGAUCUAGAGAUAAAAGAAAAUGAGGUUGUAAAUGAAGAGGUUACUAGUGAUGAAAAAGUGGUCAAAUAUAAAGUUAUUGAUCCAAAACCGGCCGUCAAACUGCCAUUCCCAACAAGAAAUAAGAAGAAAAGGCAGCAUGAGAAAAACUUUGAGAAGUUCUUGGAUAUGUUUAAAAAGCUUGAGCUAAACAUUCCGUUCUUGGAGGCGCUCGAGCAAAUGCCUACCUACCCAAAGUUCAUGAAAGACAUCAUCUCGAAGAAGCGGACCAUAGAGACUAACCCGAUUAUUCUAACGGAAACUUGUAGUGUCAUUUUGCAGGGUAUGAAGGUCCCGGUGAAAAAGAAGGAUCGAGGUUCUGUGACUAUUCUGUGUACCAUUAGAGAUAGAUCCUUCAAGAAAGCUAUAAUUGAGUUGGGAGCGAGUGUAGGUCUUAUGCCGCUAUCCAUCUAUAAGAGAUUGGGGAUAGGUAAAGUUCAAGAUACAAGAAUGACACUCCAGUUUGCUGACCACUCUGUGAAGAGACCUUAUGGGAUAGUAGAAGAUGUGCUAGUAAAGAUCGACAAGUUUGGAUUUGGUACGUUUGGAAAGUCGAUGAUUUGA